AUGGAGCGGAAUCUUAAGGAACAAAUUGUGAAAUCAGCGUCUGCAGUGAAAAGAAAGGUAGAAAUGAUAAAAAAUACUAAAAACACAAAUGACAUGGCACUGGAGACGAUAUUUCAACCGAUCGUCAGUCCGCUAAAAUUAUUAGCAAGCAAAACUGAAAAAAAACGUCAUGAAGAAGACGAAGAAGAAUCUUCAAAUCGUUCACAUGAAAAAUUUGAAGAAUCUGAGACGGAUCUUGAUGAUGAAGAAAAUUCAGAUAAUGACGACUUUAGUUCUAAAACACCUGACAAAACGCUUACUACAUCACCUUCUGAGGAUAAUGAUAUCCAUGAGAACUCAUUUAAAUCUAUUCAAUCAUCACCGAGUAUCGCAAACGAUUCUUUGUCUUGGUCUGUAUCGUCUGAAGCGCUGAAAGAAGAUAUACCAUAUGGACCACUAUUUAAAUUCGCUAGAAAUAAUACCAGUAGCGUAGAAAGUCUUCAGCGAGGUGAAGGAAUCAACAUUUUGAAAGAAGUUAAGAAAGACACUGAUUUAGUAUACUGGAAUGAUCCUAAUGAGUUAGUUGAGAGACUAAAAAUAUUACUUGCAUCUCGGGCAGCUGGUAAUACGGGAUUAGAUAAUGAAGUUAAUGCCAUACUUGAAGAAAUGAAGGAAGCUGAAAAAGACGACGAGGCUGUGAAUAAAGAAUACGUAGAUAAAAGUGUCCAAGCCCUUAAAAAUGAAAUGAUGAAAAUCCAAAGUAAUGUCAGAAACUUUCUUCAUAGUUUAGAAAAAAUUACUACUACAAAUUUUAGUAAAAUCUACUACACAAAACAAGAAAUCGAUAACAUGAUUGCAGCAAAAUCUGUUCAGAAUGAGUAA